AUGACUGUCUCCCUAACACAGGAAAAAAUCCAGCGCAUAAGGGAAAGAUGCAAGAAAAUGAUGGAGCUUGUUGAGCUCCCAAUCCAGGAACUAGCUAGCUUUAUAGGGCUUUUAGUGUCAAGUUUUCCUGGAAUCUUAUAUGGACCACUGUAUUAUAGACAACUUGAGAGGGAUAAAACUACAGCCUUAAGACAAAACUAUGGCAAUUAUAAUGCUCAAAUGAGAUUAUCCCAAGAAAGCUUUUCAGAGAUAAAGUGGUGGUAUGAUAACAUACAGACAAAUAACUACCCCAUAUUAUUGCCUAAUUCAAAGGUUGAUGUAAUAAUUUACACCGAUGCAUCAACUAAAGGAUGGGGAGCUGUCAAAGAGACAGAGAAAAUAGGGGGUAGAUGGUCAGAGGAAGAAGCAAAAUAUCACAUUAAUUGUCUGGAGCUGUUAGCUGCAAUUUUUGGACUUAAGGCAUUUUGCAAAAAUGAGCCAGGCAUUCACGUUAAGAUUUACUCUGAUAACUCUACAACUGUGAACUAUAUUAAUGCUAUGGGAGGUGUACAUUCUAGGGAAUGUCACACUAUUGCUAAAGAUAUUUGGCAGUGGUGCAUAGAAAAACAAAUAUGGUUAACAGCUGCUCAUAUCCCAGGGACCAAAAAUGUUGAGGCAGAUCGGGAAUCACGCGUUUUCUCAGACAACAAGGAAUGGAUGAUAAGAUCUGAUAUUUUCCAACAGAUCACAGAUAUCUGGGGGGAGCCCUCCAUAGACCUCUUUGCAUCCAGACUAAAUCAUCAGGUUCCAUGCUAUGUAUCCUGGAAACCUGACCCAGGGGCAGCCUUUAUUGAUGCAUUUUCUUUUAAUUGCAAGAUGCCUACAGAAAAUACAAACCGAUUGUGCAGAGGGAUUGAUGAUAGUUCCAAUGUGGCCAACCCAGAGUUGGUAUCCCAAACUUCUUCGCAUGUUAGUGGCUGCUCCAAGAGUGUUACCACAACAACGAACUGCCUUACAAAUGCCGGGGAUGCCACAAGAAGUCCACCCCCUAUUCAGGAAAAUGGUUCUGAUUGCAUGCAGAUUGUCCGACAGUCCUAUGAGACACAAGGAAUUUCUCAAAAGGCAACCUCCAUUAUCUUACAGUCCUGGAGGAAAGGAACUACAAAGCAGUAUUCAUCUUACAUCAAAAGAUGGACUACAUAUUGUCAUAAAAAACAGAUUGAUCCAGUUUCUGCCACUGUCCCCCAGGCACUAGAUUUUUUAGUGGAGCUAUUUGAGUCAGGCAUCGGUUACAGUGGUAUUAACACUGCAAGGUCUGCUCUAUCCAGUGUCUUAAAGCCUGUGGACGGGAUGACUUUUGGAGCACAAGAGAGUGUUAAGAGGUUCUUAAAAGGAGUUUACGAAGCAAGACCCUCCAACCCAAGAUAUACUGAGACAUGGGAUGUGAGCAAGGUUCUGAACUAUCUUAAGACAAUCUCUAUUACAGACUGCUCACUAAAGGAUCUGACUUUAAAAUUAGUCACUUUAAUGUCAUUAGUAUCAGCUCAACGGGGGCAGACAAUUCACUACUUGUCUUUGGAGGACAUGGUUGUUUCAGAAACGUCUGACUUUUAUUAUCUCCAGGCCUAUUAA